CACCAUUAAUAUCACAUAAAAUGUAGACAACGAAAUCCUUGUAUAUAAAUAUAACUAAUCUUGUUCACUCUUUCAUCUCCAAGUAAGUUUGUCAAACUCAGGCUUUACCUAUCUGUUUUAGUAUUUCUUUAUGGCAGCAGCUGGCUCCUCAGUGUUCAUUUUAGGCCUGUUAAUCACAAUGGGGACUGUUGCUCCUCUUGCUGAGGCUAGGGCUUUCUUCGUGUUCGGCGACUCGCUUGUUGAUAAUGGCAACAAUAACUACCUUGCCACCACUGCACGGGCUGAUGCUUACCCUUAUGGCAUUGACUAUCCCACUCGCAGAGCAACUGGUCGUUUCUCUAAUGGGCUCAACAUUCCUGAUCUUAUCAGUGAGCAAAUUGGCAUGGAACCUACAUUGCCAUACUUGAGCCCUGCGCUCACUGGACAGAGGCUUCUGGUUGGUGCCAACUUUGCUUCUGCAGGGAUAGGAAUUCUCAAUGACACUGGAUUCCAAUUUCUGAACAUUAUUCGAAUCACCCAGCAGUUGGAAUAUUUUCAGCAAUACCAGCAGCGAGUGACUGCACUUAUAGGAGCUGAGCAGACUCAGCGUCUUGUAAACCAAGCCCUUGUCCUAAUGACUCUUGGCGGCAAUGAUUUCGUCAACAACUACUAUUUGGUGCCCUUUUCUGCAAGAUCUCGCCAGUUUGCUCUCCCUGAUUACGUUGUGUACCUUAUUUCUGAGUACCGCAAAAUCCUAGUGAGGCUAUAUGAAUUGGGAGCACGAAGGGUUUUGGUGACAGGGACUGGGCCUUUGGGUUGUGUCCCUGCAGAGCUGGCCCUGCAUAGCAGAAAUGGUGAAUGUGCAGUGGAACUGCAACAAGCAACUGGGUUGUUCAACCCACAACUUGUCCAGUUGAUAAACAAUCUCAACAGUGAAAUCGGAUCGGAUGUCUUCAUUUAUGCAAAUGCUUUUGAAAUGCACACGGACUUCAUCAGUGACCCUCAAGCAUAUGGGUUUGUGACAUCAAAGAUAGCAUGUUGCGGCCAAGGACCAUACAAUGGCAUUGGCCUCUGCACAGCCGCUUCAAACUUGUGCCCAAACAGAGAUUUGUAUGGAUUUUGGGAUCCAUUUCAUCCAUCAGAGAAGGCCAACAGAAUUAUUAUAAACCAGAUCAUGACUGGCUCUAGCAAGUACAUGAAUCCGAUGAAUCUCAGCACCAUCAUGGCUUUAGAUUCCAGGGUUUGAAAGAUUAUAUUAUACAGUUUCAUCAUCAGUUGUCUUAUAUAAAUAUGGUAGUAUUCUUAAGCUUGUCUGCAGUAUUAGCUUGCAUGUGGGACUCUUAAAACAAUAACAGCUUCAUGUCUGUAACGAUCAUCAAGUGGACAGAUUGUAGUUCAUCCAUAAGAUUGCAAUCUAAGCAUGAUGUAAGUUUAAUUUCA